AGCUUUAUACAUUUGACAUAUUUUGUGGUUAAAUCGACGUCCAUCUCUGCGAUUGGCAGGAUUCAACAGGAUGUGGUAGACUACAUGUUAAGCUUAAGAGUCAAAUCAUACAUGUACAUGAUGGAAGUCACAUCACUUGUCGUCAUGCUCUCUACACUCACCAUCACCCCCAACAGACUGCAGUUCUUCCAGUAUGACAAAAUUGAACUGAAGUGUGUGGCAAACUCCACUGGCUGGAAAGUGAAGAGAAACACUGGCUCAAAGACUGAGGAAUGCAUGUUUGGCUGGGGAACCCCGAGUGAGUCAUCCUGCGUCAUUGAGGAUGCCUACCCAAAAGAUACUGGAGUGUACUGGUGUGAAUCUAAAAAGAAGGAGUCCAGCAAUAACAUCACCAUCACAGUGAUUGCUCAUGGUGUGAUCUUGGAGAGCCCCAUAGAACCAGUGAUGGAGGGCAACACAGUGAUAAUUCGCUGCUCCCACAGGGGAGAAGAUGAGUACAAUUCAAAGUCAGAAUUUUCAGCUGCAUUCUACAAAGAUGGUGUUUUCAUGGGGAAAGGCGAUUCAGGGACAAUGACCUUUCCAGCUGUGUCCAAGUCGGACGAAGGCUUCUAUAAGUGUAAACACCCGUCAAAAGGAGAGUCGAGUCAGAGCUUCCUCGCAGUAAGAGUGGAACUCAAGAAGGUAAAUCCUACCACCCUGCCUCCUUCUCCUCAUCCUCCUCCUCCUAUCAUACCCUGGGCCAGAGUGAUUUCUAGUGUCCUUCUCUUCAUCCUCUACAACUGUGUUCUUGUAUUGUGUAUCUACACCUACCGGAAGUGGGCUCGAAACAGACGUAAAAGGAAAGCUUCUGUUGGUGAGUCGCAGCCAUGAUGAGCCCUGCUGGAAAGCCUAAAAAAAAGAUGAAGAGCAGCUUUUUUCAUACUGAAUCUUAUCAUGUACCAGCUUUUAUAUUCACACCAGGAUUAUUUAAAUAGAGUAUUUCAACAUUCAUAAAAAACACAGCAACAAUUUCAGUAUUUUUACAUCUAUGGUAUUGUUGUGUUUCUCAUUAGCAUAUGGCAGUGCUACAAAUCUUAGUGCAAAGUGACUGUACUAACCGAUUCUCAUUUCAAAAUGUCCUUAUGAUGCUUGCUACAGUGUAGCGGCUCAAGUUAGGCUGAACCCGUUGGCCGAAGCUGGCCUCAGGGUCACUCCGUGGUCCACUAUUGUAGCUCUGAUGUCAUCAGCAAUUCUCUUCUUACCCUUCCUCUCCCCCCUCCUCGUCCUCCUCUUGCUCCUCCUUGUCGUUGUUGUCCUCUUUGUCCUACUU